UAUUUAAUUUAAACGAAACUUGGAGCAGCCGCUCGAUUUGGUUGUUUGUGAAUUGUUUCCAAAACAAUGGAGGAAACAUGUAGAGUUUGCAUGGCAAAGUCCGGAGCAUUCACAAACACAUUCGACGAGGGGCAGAACAGGGAAACUUGCAGUGCUGACAUGAUAGCUCAGGCUAUCGGGUACGUGUUGGGGCGAGGCGAUUCACUGCCAGAACACAUCUGCCCACCUUGCCUGGAGGAUGCAGUGAGUGCAUUCAACCUGUUGGAGGAGGAGGCGGAUAAAGAGGAAGACCUCCGUCGUAAUCUCGUACACGAGCAGAUCCGUACGCAGACAGGAGAGCGGCCAUUCCAAUGCACUCAGUGCUCGAAGUCUUUCGCUCGCAGCAAGUCUCUCGAGCGUCACAUCGGGACGCACUCGGGGGAGCGACCCUACGCAUGCUUCCAGUGCUCGUCUUCGUUUUACCGAAAAUCCGAUCUCAAGAUGCACACUCGUGUACACACUGGCGAGCGCCCAUACAAGUGCGAGCACUGCCUGAGGUGCUUUGCCCGACCCUGUGUUCUCCGGGAGCACAUCCGCACGCACACGGGAGAACGACCAUACAAGUGCACUCGCUGCCCGAAGUCUUUCUCUCACCGCGGAUCGUUCCGGCUGCACAACAGGAGGCACCACACACAGGCGACCAGCCAUGCCCCGGCUAGCCCUUCUGCUUCGUAGUGUUUGUCAAUUAUUGUCAACAUAACUACUUAUGAAAAUAUACUCGCCACACCAGAAGUAUU